AUGAGGACGCCAAGGAGCGCCGACGACGCGGGGGAAGCGUCGGCGUCGAAGGGCGUCGCGGCGGCCGGCGCGGAGGGCCUCGACGGGGGAGCCGAUCCCCAGGGCUUCCCGAGCGACCGCCACCGCCGCUUCCUGCUGUUCCCUCGGGCCGCCUUCCCCGACGCUGCGCCCCCCUCCCGCUCGCCCCAGGCCGCCCUCGGCGCCGACCGCUCCCCCGCGGCGGCGUCUGUGUCCCCCCCGCCGUCGCCUCCGCUCCUCCAGCAAUCGCCGCGGCCGCAGGGGCUGCCCGCCCUCGCCCACCACGCCUACGCCCGCGGCCUGCAGGGCAAGGGCCUCGGCUGCGGCUUCGGCGACGUCAGGAGGUUCCUGCCCGUGCCCGGCGGGGGGGCGCGGCCGGUGUACGGGCCCGUGCCGCUGAUGGGCGCCGUGCCUCACGCGCCCGCGCCGCACCACCACCACCCGCACUACCUGUGGGCGGCGCAGUACUCCUCGCUCUUGUCGGCGCUUCCGCUGCAAGACUACGAAGUGACGAGCCCCAGCACCCCCAGGACCAACAGCCCCCCCGUGCCCGUCCCCGUGCCCGUGUACGUACGGACCCGCCCCUCCGCCGUGCCCGACACUUCCACCAAGAAAUGCCGACGGUCGCGCACGGUCUUCACGGAACUACAGCUGGUGGGCCUGGAGCGUAGGUUCGAAGCGCAGAAGUACUUGAGCACGCCGGAUAGGGUCGAUCUCGCUCGGUCACUCGGCCUGACCCAGCUGCAGGUCAAGACGUGGUAUCAGAACAGGAGGAUGAAGUGGAAGAAGCAGGUGAUGCAAGAAGGAAGCAAGGAGCCUCCCACGAAGCCCAAAGGACGCCCCAAGAAGAAUUCGGUUCCCUCCUUCGCCGAGCUGCAGAGGAUGAGGGAGGAGGAGGAGGAGGAGCAGAGGAGGUCAUCGCAGGUCACGGGGGCGUGGGCGGGGCCGUCCACCUCGUCCCAGGUUGCUGACUGGUCUGACCUGGGCAAGGAAGAGGAAUGGGAUGAACAGCAGGUGGGCAUCAUCGCCUCUCAGUCGACUCCUGCCCUCCAACACGAACGACGCUCCAGUUACGACAAGGCCCCCGAGCACGACCCCGACGACCACGGCGACCACGACCACCCAAUCCCCGCCGACGAUGCCCAAGCUGUCCCUCUUAGACGCGCUGUACGGACCGCGGCGCAGACCUCACGCCGAAGGGAAUAA